AUGGUCCCAUCCAAUGACACACAAUUCCAUCCCAAAUUCUUUCUCCUGCUGGGAAUUCCAGGGCUAGAAGACAUGCAUAUGUGGAUUGCUUUUCCAUUUUGUGUUGUAUAUUUGACAGCAUUAUUGGGAAACAUUACAAUUCUUUUUGUGAUUCAGACUGGUCGUAGUCUCCAUCAUCCUAUGUUCUACUUCCUGGCCAUUCUGUCAUCUAUUGACAUGGGCCUGUCCACAUCCACCAUCCCCAAGAUGCUUGGAAUCUUCUGGUUCAACCUGAGAGAAAUCACUUUUGAGGGCUGUCUCAUUCAGAUGUUGUUCAUCCACUUAUCUACUGGCAUGGAGUCGGCUGUGCCCGUGGCCAUGGCCUAUGAUCGCUAUGUGGCCAUCUGUAACCCUCUUCAGUACACACUGGUGUUGACAAACAAGGUGGUAUCUGUUAUAGCACUGAUCAUCCUCCUGAGACCCUUAGCCAUUGCAAUCCCCUUCGUUCUGCUCAUCUUAAGGUUACCUUUCUGUGGGCAUCAAAUCAUCCACACAUACUGUGAGCAUAUGGGCAUUACCCACCUGUCUUGUACCAGCAUAAAGGUGAACAUCAUAUAUGGCUUAUGUGCCAUCUCUAUUUUGGUGUUUGACAUCAUAGCCAUUAUCAUCUCCUAUGUCUAUAUCCUCCAUGCUGUCUUCUGCCUCCCUUCCAGGGAUGCCCGAAUGAAGGCACUCAGCACUUGUGGCUCUCACGUGUGUGUAAUGUUGGCCUUUUACACUCCAGCGUUUUUUUCCUUCAUGACCCACCGGUUUGGCCAAAAUGUUCUUCAAUACAUCUACAUUCUUGUCAACUUUUAUGUUGUCAUCCCACCUGCUCUCAACCCUGUAAUUUAUGGGGUCAGAACUAAGCAGAUAAGAACUAAGCAGAACUAG